UAUCUGGCGUGAAGCUUGUUUAACUGUUAAAUCCAAGAAGGUAGCUGACUUCUUUAAGAGAUCACGAAACCAGUGAUAAGUCUUCAAUUGGUUGUUGAUCGGUCAACUUGGUCUUCUGCAAGCGAUCCGCGACCAGGAGUUUCAGUGUGUGAGAAGUUUAGUAGCGCAUAUUAUUCGCGGAAUAGCUCCUUGAUUUGAUUCGGGUUUAUUUAGUCGACUGUAAAGCACUUCCACCUGAAAAUGAAAUUCAUCUUAUUGUUGGUGCUGAGUUGUCUUUUGCUCGAAUGCCAAUCUUCGCCUAUUCAAAUUGUGGAAAAUCAUGAGCUUGUGGACAAAGCCAAGGAAAGCGUUGCGGUAGGAAGACAGGCUGCGCCAGCACCAGCACCAGCCGACGAUGAUGACGACGACGAUGAUGAUGAUGAUGACGAUGAUGACGGAAUUGGUGACAUUGUUGGUGAUGACUAUGAUGACGAUGAUGAUGAUGAAGGUGACGACGACGAUGACGAUGACAGCGAAGAGGAUUAUUCGUUCGUUAGAAUUUUAGAUGAAAUUAUUGAUGAUGAUGAUGACGACGACGACGAUGAUGAUGAAGCCAGCCCGGCUGCAGCUUCACCUGCCACCCCAGUUCAAGCGGCCGCAUCUGAAGUUGUGGCCCAACCUGCACCUGUUGAAGUUUCAGCGGUUGCUGCUGAAGCAGGGGAAGCUGCUGCAGCACAGAACGUUGACUACAUCAAUGAAGGUGAGCAAACGGUAUUCUAUGAUGAAGAGAAUGGUGCAAUCGAUACCAAAGUCGACAAUCUCAACAAACCGCAAGAAGGGGUGACUGUCCAAAAAGUACCGCUUCCGGUGCAACCAAGCCCAGCACCGGCAGCAAACUCGUCGGAUGAUGAUGACGACGAUGAUGACGAUGAUGAUGAUGGAAUCGAGAGUGCAUUAGGAGUCGACGAUGAUGAUGAUGACGACGAUGACGACGAUGAUGAUGAUGACGAUGAUGAAGAAGAACUGAUUGGUGAUGAUGUCAUUGAAGCAAAGCGUGCACGAUCCCUGGAGAAAGACGCUCCAAUGCCGCAGAUGUUGACUGACAGGUACAACAUGUUUAUUGAUGGAAUCUUUGCAAGGAUUAACAGAAUUUUAAAGACAUCAUACGAUCCUGUCCAUGUUGAAUUGACGCCACAAGGAAAGCGCAUUAAGGGAAAGAAUAAUCCUAAGAAAACUAAGAAACCAGCGAAAAAAUCACCCACAAAGGCAGCUCGAGAAGAACCCCUCACACCAGAUAGCGGCAACGCUACUGCAGCUGAUGAGCACAAAGUCGUCAAGCGACAUAACCCUGAAGCUAUUGGUGUUCCAUCGGUAGGCAUCCCAGAGAAAUUCAUUACGUCAACGGCCACCCAAAAGCCUGAAAACAGAGCAAAGCCCGCAAAGGUGUCAUCUGCUACCAAGAAGACAACAACAAAACGUGUGUCGAAACCACAAAAUUCGUCCACAAAACAAGGAAGUACACCUUCACCGCAGGCUACUGAAAAACCCAAAGCACAGGGAAUCCUAUACGGGAUGGCAUCAUUGAAGCGAAUCGGAAACGUUAAAGUGAUUCCAGAAGGUGUCAACUCUACAAUAAAAAGUCGCUUCAGCCUCGGCCCAUUAACACUUCGCGUGGAAAAAUCAAUUAAGCGUGGAACUGUUCGAAGCGUGAAAAGCGCCACGGCAAGGACAAACGAAAUGAUUGGCAGGAUUACAUUGCGAGUGGUAAAUGGCGAGGCGAGCGUUGUAUCGAUAAAAGUUCAACAGCCCAAGCAGGUUCAGGUCGAAAGCGAGAAUAAUCACGACAGGACACGAGAGUUUGUUUGGAAAAAUACUCCACAUAUCGCCCACUUGGUGUCACAAAAAUUACAGGCUGCAGUGAAUUCGAUGUUGCUGCCAAGUGGCUCGGAAGUGGUGCGACAGUGAAAAAGGGGGACGUCAAGAGCAAAAUAAAUUGCCCAGCUCGGCUAAAUUUCGUCGGGGGUGACUUGGCAACAGGCCAGAUUUUUCGGGAAUGGUUUUUGGUCUCCUUCUAUCCUCUGUCAUGAAAUUCUUCGACUAUUUAUUUAAAUCUAUUUUAACUUAUUUAGCGUAAUAUUUAAUAAUUUAUUAUAUUUUCUGUAUUUAUUCAGAGAAACUGUACCCUCUAUCACAAUAAAAACGUAUACUCGUGCUACA